GAGAAGAAGGAGAAGAUGGGAAGGGCCGGCGUGGUGCUCAUGGUGUGCGUGAUGGCACUGCUGUUUCUCGUGCUCUUCUUCGGCGGAAGAACCGGCGCGCCGGCGGCGUGGCACAACGCCGCGAAGCUAACCGCGAUGUGUGGAGGAACAGCCAACGUCUCUCGUCCACGUCCAAGCGGCACCGGCGCCGACGAGCUCUUCGGCGGUCUGCUGGCGCCGGGAUUCGACCGCCGCGCGUGCCGGAGCCGGUACGAAUCCCCGCGCUACUACAAGCACUCCCCGUUCGCAGCAUCGCCCCACCUCCUGCAGAAGCUACGCGACUACGAGGCGCGCCACAAGAAGUGCGGCCCGGGAACGCCGCAGUACGCCAAGUCCGUCGACAACCUCCGGUCCGGCAGCAGCAACACGGAGGCGGCGGAGUGCAGGUACCUGGUGUGGCUCCCCUACAACGGCCUCGGCAACCGCAUGCUGUCGCUGCUCAGCACCUUCCUCUACGCGCUCCUCACCGACCGCGUCCUCCUCGUCCGCAACACCGACGACUUCACCGACCUCUUCUGCGAGCCGUUCCCGGACACGACCUGGAGCCUCCCGCCGGAUUUCCCCGUCGCCAACAUGUCACAGCUCGGGGUGCGGUCCGACGACUCCUACGGGAACCUCCUCCGCCACGGCAAGAUCUCCAACCACCUGGACCGGGCGGCGUCGCAGCCGGUGCCGCCGUACGUGUACGCGCACCUGGCGCACGGCCUCCGGGUCACGGACCAGCUCUUCUACUGCAACGAUGACCAGAUCGUGCUCGCCAAGGUCACAUGGCUGCUGCUGCAGAACGACCUCUACUUCGUGCCGCUGCUCUACGGCAUCGCCGAGUUCGAGGACGAGCUGCGGAGGAUGUUCCCGGCCAAGGAGAGCGUCUCCCACUUCCUCGCCCGCUACCUCUUCCACCCGUCCAACUCCGUGUGGGGGAUGGUGACCAGGUACCACCGCUCGUACCUGGCCCACGCGGAGGAGAUGAUCGGCGUGCAGGUCAGGAUGUUCCCCUUCGCAACCAUCCCGGCCGACGACAUGUACAUGCAGAUCCUGGCGUGCUCGCGGCAGGAGGGCAUACUGCCCGAGAUCGACGACGAGCAUGAGCCUGAGCCGGGCAACACAACUAGCGCCGUCGAUGCCGAAGGCGCGGCGAGCUCUAACAAGGCCAUCUUGGUCGUGUCGCUGCACGCCGACUACUACGAGCGGAUCAGGUGGACCUACUACAAGCACGGGGCAAAGGGCGGCGGCGGGGUCGGGGUGUUCCAGCCAAGCCACGAGGAGCGGCAGGAGAGGGCGCAGAGGUCGCACAACCAGAAGGCGCUCGCGGAGAUCUACCUCCUCAGCUUCUCCGACGUGCUGCUCACCACCGGGAUGUCCACCUUCGGCUACAUGAGCAGCAGCCUCGCCGGCCUGCGCUCCACCAUGCUCAUGGUCGCCAACAACCAGACGCUGCCAGAGACGCCCUGCGUACGCGCCGUCUCCAUGGAGCCGUGUUCCCACCUCAUGAAUUUCAAGGUCAGGUGUAAGGGCAAGACAGUGGACAAGGAGGAGCUGGCCCGGCACAUCAAGGUGUGUGAGGAUCUACCCAGAGGGAUUAAGUUAGUUGAUUAG